AUGACAUCUCUGGCACAUAGUCUUCAUUCUUCUAAUGUUGUUGGUGCUUGUUAUCGAGUCAAAAAGAAGAUCGGUGAGGGCUCGUUUGGUGUCAUUUUUGAAGGGUUCGAUGUACUCAAUAGUCAACAAGUAGCUAUUAAAUUUGAACCUAGGAAGAGUGAUGCGCCUCAAUUACGUGACGAAUAUAGAACAUACAAAUUAUUAGCAGGAUGCCCUGGUAUACCUCAUGUAUAUUAUUUUGGCCAAGAAGGAUUGCAUAAUAUUUUAGUUAUUGAUUUAUUAGGACCGAGUUUAGAAGAUCUUUUCGACUGGUGCGGAAGACGAUUUACAACAAAAACUGUUGUCAUGAUUGCUAAACAGAUGUUGACACGUGUUCAAACUAUUCAUGAGAAAAAUCUUAUUUACCGUGACAUUAAACCAGACAAUUUCCUUAUUGGAAGGCCUGGUACCAGUGUUUCUAAUCUGAUUCAUGUUGUUGAUUUUGGUAUGGCAAAGCAAUAUCGAGAUCCUAAAACAAAACAACAUAUUCCAUACAGGGAACGUAAAAGUCUUUCCGGCACUGCGAGGUAUAUGAGCAUUAAUACUCAUCUCGGUAGAGAACAAUCACGAAGAGAUGACUUGGAAGCAUUGGGUCAUGUAUUUAUGUAUUUUCUUCGAGGUGGAUUGCCUUGGCAAGGACUAAAGGCUGUGACUAAUAGACAAAAAUAUGAAAAAAUAGGGGAAAAAAAACAAUCUACUUUGAUUGAGGAGUUAUGCGAGGGGUUUCCGGAUGAGUUUAGUCAGUAUAUUUCAUAUGUCCGUGGUCUGGGAUUUGAAGACACACCUGAUUAUGAUUAUCUUCGUGGUCUUUUUACUAGUGCAAUAAAAAAAAUUGGUGAAACAGAGGACGGUCAGUAUGAUUGGAUGCUUCUUAAUAAUGGGAAGGGAUGGGAAGCUAGUUAUAAACAUGUCUCUUCAAACCAUCAUGCUAUUGUUUCUAAUGCGGCAAUUAAAUCGGCAUCUGCUAUUGAUUUAAAACAUUUAUCGUCAUCUAAAACUGGACAACAUGUACCAUCUAAUCGAUUAAACCCAUCUCAACCCAUUUCUCCAUCUGCUAUGUUAUUUCAUAAUGGGCCAAAACCCAAUAAAGAGCGGUUAAAUGAAGUUAACAAUGGCUCUGGGAAUGAAAAAGAGAUAUCUAAUCUUAGUGCUCAAGCCCAGCAAGAAUUUCAACAACAAUCUCGGUUAUCUCAAGUUUGUGCGACGGCCCCAAAUAAAAAACCGAAAAGUUUUUGGAGAAGAUUUAUGAACUGUUGUGGUAGCGGUUAA